UAAAGGAUGCUACAUCAUCCAUGCUUUAUGUGAGAGAGAAAAGAGAAACUCUCACAAAUUUCACAGAGUAUGACUUUGAAGUUGUCAUAACUUACUCUGACCUUGAGAGUAUCCAAAUGUUUCUGAGCAAUAUGAGCUUUCCCAUACCGAUCAACAAUACUGUGGAAAUCACCAGCAUUGAAACCACAACAGUGUGUUCACCAGGGAUGAAUGGGUACCAGUGCACAUGUGAGGAGAGCUUUGCCUGGUCUUUUAACAAUUGCAUUACCUACGGAGUCUGUGAUGCCAUACUUGGUGACACAUGUGGCUGCAUUAAUUCCCUACCUGCUGAUGGUCAGUACUGUCAGUUAAACCGCAGCCAAACAGAUCCAGUGGACAGCUAUGUGAACAUUGUUGUGGAAAUCCCAGCCUCUAGUUUUCCAUCAUAUGCACUCAGCUAUGUACGGAGCACUGUGCAAUCCAUCUCCCUCCCAAUAACCCUCUCACAGUCUCUUGAAGUGAAAGAGGUUUCCUUAACAACACUCUGCAAUCCAUAUUCUGCUGGUGGUCACCAAUGUCAAUGUGAGACUGGCUUUAGUUGGCCAUGUGACAUGUGUAACAGCAGAAAUUCAUGCAGCAGUCAAUCCUGUACCUGUAUAUAUGGGCUUCCAUCUAAUGAUGAGUUCUGCCAGGCAAACACAAAUGAUACUACAUGCGAGCUAACAACUACAACUUCCACAGUUAUAACAACAACCAUCCCAACCACAACAUCUCCCCCACUAACCUAUGAAAUAGAUUUGGUUCUGGAAUUACGCAUCCCCCUCUCAAGCUACACAUCAAAUCUAUUGGAUGUGUUUAGGGAGCAUCUGAGCAAUGAAACCUUCCUGGAACCAUUCUCAAACAUGUUACAGAUUAUAGAGUUGAACUUGACCACAGUCUGUUAUCCAAACUCCAGCCAUGGACUACAGUGUGAAUGUGAGAGUGGUUUUGCUUGGCCAUGUGAGAUGUGCAACAUCAACACUUCAUGCAGCAGUCAAAUCUGUACAUGCAUAUAUGGACUUCCUUCCAUCAAUGACUUCUGUCAGCCAAUCACAAUUAACUCUACAUGUCCAACAGUUCCUCCAGAUAUAACAACAACUAUCCCAACCCCAACAUCUCCUCCACAAAUCUACGAAAUAGAUUUGGUUUUGGAAUUACGCAUCCCCCUCUCAAGAUACACAUCAAAUCUAUUGGGAUUGUUUAGGGAGCAUCUGAGCAAUGAAACCUUCCUGGAACCAUUCUCAAACAUGUUACAGAUUAUAGAGUUGAACUUGACCACAGUCUGUUAUCCAAACUCCAGCCAUGGACUACAGUGUCAAUGUGAGAGUGGCUUUGCUUGGCCGUGUGAGAUGUGCAACAUCAACACUUCAUGCAGCAGUCAAAUCUGUACAUGCAUAUAUGGACUUCCUUCCGUCAAUGACUUCUGUCAGCCAAUCACAAAUGAUUCCAUUUGCCCAACACCUACUCCAGUAACUACAACAACAACACCUAUGCCAACGACGACACCUACAACAACCUAUGAACCAUUAUUCUUUGAUGUUGACAUUGUCUUGAGCAUCCCAGCUGCCACUGUGCCAUUAAAUAUCCCUGAGUCAUUCCGAAGUGCUCUCCAAACAAUAAACUACCCAAUACCCAUUUCACGGAUAAAUGUUCUGCAAGUAAACUUGACUACAGUCUGCAUUCCAAACUCCUAUGAUGAACUGCAGUGUGAAUGUGAGGGUGGUUAUGCUUUGCCAUGUGACAUGUGCAACAGCAACAACUCAUGCAGUAACACCAGCAGUUCAACCUGUACAUGCAUAAAUGGACUUCCUCCAAAUGAUGAGUUUUGCCAACCAGAAACCAAUAACUCUAUAUGCCCAACACCUACUCCAGCAACCACAACAACUACAACAACACCCAUGCCGACAACAACAUCCACAACAACCUCUGAACCAUUGUUCCUUGAUGUGGACAUUGUUUUGAGCAUCCCAGCUGCCAUUGUGCCAUCAAAUAUCCCAGAGUCAUUCCGAAGUGCUCUUCAAACAAUAAACUACCCUAUAUCUCUUUCAAGGAUAAAUGUUUUACAAGUAAACUUGACUACCGUCUGCAUUCCAAACUCCUAUGAUAAACUGCAGUGUGAAUGUGAGGGUGGUUAUGCUUUGCCAUGUGACAUGUGCAACAGCAACAACUCAUGCAGUAACACCAGCAGUUCAACCUGUACAUGCAUAAAUGGACUUCCUCCAAAUGAUGAGUUUUGCCAACCAGAAACCAAUAACUCUAUAUGCCCAACACCUACUCCAGUAACAACAACCACAGCUGCUCCGACGACAACGACGGCGACAGCGGCUCCCACAACGACCAUGGCCACUCCGACAACAACCACUCUUUCUCCAACAACGACCCCGGUUGCUACAACAACAACCACAACAACCACUGCUGCUCCAACAACGACCACGACCGCUCCCACAAUAACCACUGCUUCUACGACAAUUACUUUUCCACAACAAAGAGGAGUGACCUUUGUCCUAAAGAUCCCAGCGUACUUUAUACAAAAUUAUACACUUCAGAUCUUCAGGAGCAGAGUGGAUGAAGUAUUCAAUUCAAUAACACUCCCACCAUCUUUGAAAGUAAAAGAAAUAAACUUGACCACAGUCUGUUUUAAAGGAAUAUCUAAGGAACUGCGCUGUCAAUGUGAGGAUAAUUUUGCAUGGCCAUGUGAAAGGUGCAACAGCAGCAGAUAUUCAUGCAGUAACGUGAGCAGUGACUACUGUACCUGUAGAGACGGUAUCUCUUCCAUUAACGAGUAUUGUCAGCCCCUCCUAAAUAAUUCACGAUGUCCAGCUACUCCAACCACACCAUUACCAACAACGACUACAGCUAAGCCAACCACAACUUCAACUAUGCCAAAUACAACUACAGCUAAGCCAACCACAACUUCAGCUAUGCCAGUCAUAAGUACAGCUUCGCCAACUACAGCUAGGCCAAUCCCACCUAACCCACCUACAGCUAAACCUCAGGUUAUACGUGGCAGAAUUACCAUAGACAUUCCAUUUGAACCCUCGUUUAAUACGGAAAGCAGUCCAUUUUAUCAAGGCAUUUAUGAUACCAUUACCAGUCAAUGUGGAGAGUGUAGCGCUACCCUGAGGCUUUCUCCAGGAAGUACCAUAGCUGAUUAUAAUAUUACCUUUACACCCCCUGACACACUAACACAAGAACAAAUUCUGAGACAAAUGUCAUUAAAAUACCCAGUUCUCAUUAACGGUGGAAAUAAAGAACAGAGAGCGUAUUCUGGAGAUCCCCUCACUUUGACAUGUGAACCUCCAAGCAUUGAUUUUAGUGCCGUUACUGUAUUUUGGAGAAACAAAGGAAAAGUUAUUGCCGAACAAAGUACUUUGACUAAUGGAAAAUCAGAAUAUAAAUUCCCAAGGAUUUUUAAGUUUGAUGAAGGAGAGUAUGAAUGUGAGAUAAAAUGGGGAAGUGGUUCAAGGUUCAUUCAGAAGGUAACGUUGAAAUCCAUAACACUCCCGGACAUCGACGCAGAUCCAGACAGAGAAAGACUGAAAUGUUCUGAUACUAAGCAACUGUCAUGUAGAGUAAACGAUGGCUUCACAGUCAAGUUGUUUGAUUCAGAAAAUCAAGAGAGCUUUCUUUGUGAGGAUAGGAUCUAUGGAAAUGCACAGCUUGGUGAGAUUGGUACUGCAGACUGUGAUGAAGACGAGAGGGGAGAAAAGACAGCAGUUUGUUAUGCAGAUGGGGAAUUUAGAGAUGAACAAAACAACUGUGUCCUUGCAGUGAUUGCAGAUCUGCUUGAUCAAUCAGAGAAUUUCCUAGAAAGUGCAGGCCUUCUAACAAUUGAUGACUCAAGGAAAUCCUGGACUUUACUCAAUUUGAAUGACAAUAAUACAGAUGAGGGAUUAGGAAGAAACAGUUCCAGCUCUUCAUUCUUGAAUGUUUUUGAGAGGUUACCAGAUUUUAUAAGCAAUGAUUCAUUGGAAAUCAACACAGAUUUUAUUCUCCUGAACAAAACAGAACUUACAGAUCCUUUCAGAAGAGAAUUUAACUCCUCAGUGGAAAUAGAAUUACCCGAGGGGGGUGGAGAGAACAAACUAAUUACCAUCAUAGUUUUUGCCUCCAUGUACAAUGUGCUUCCUGGAAGAGAUGAACUCAACAACACAUCCAACCGUGUCCAUGGAAGGGUUGCUCUUGUUAAACCUGAAGUUAAAAUCUCAAAUAUUACAUUAAAUUUUGAAGUAAUAAAUUACACAAAUGAAACCAUAGAAAACCCCAAAUGUGUUUUUUGGGAUUUUGACCUGUUUGACGGUCUGGGAGGCUGGAGUGACAACGGUUGCUCAUUAGUGUACUUUGAAAAUGAAACAGUCAGCUGCAAUUGCAACCACACCACUUCCUUCUCUAUUCUAAUGUCACCCAACAGCCCAAAGAACCCUAUUCUGGACUAUAUCACCUACAUUGGAGUUGGCAUUUCUAUGCUUUGCUUGGUCAUUUGUCUCAUCAUUGAAGCAAUCAUAUGGAGAAAAGUUAACAAGAACACAACAUCGUAUUUGCGCCAUGUCGCUAUUGUCAACAUCGCUUUGUCUCUCCUCAUUGCAAACAUUUGGUUCAUUAUUGGAGCAGCUAUUUCAGAUGUAACCAAGUCAAACAACCCAGCAUGCACAGCAGCUACCUUCUUUAUUCAUUUUUUCUACCUCUCCAUGUUCUUCUGGAUGUUAGCCAAAGGCCUGCUGUUGCUUUAUCGCACCCUUAGUGUGUUUGAUGGAGGACUGUCUAAAAUAUCUAUGCUGAUCAUUGGAUUCUCUUUGGGAUAUGGUGCACCACUGAUCAUUGCCACAAUAACUAUAGCUGCAACUGCUCCCUCAAAGGAAUACAUACGAGAUGAAAUCAUCUGUUGGCUCAACUGGGACGAGUCCAAAGCUCUGCUGGCCUUUGUGAUCCCUGCACUCAUGAUAGUGUGUAUAAACUUCAUCAUCCUGAUUGUGGUAUUAUACAAAAUACUGAGGAGAAGAGUAGGAGGAAAUGCAGCCCAAACAGGAGAAAAGCACGUUCUGGUGGUUAUAACCAGGUGUUUGGCUGUGCUAACACCGUUUUUUGGAAUAACUUGGGGUUUGGGAAUCGGAACCAUGGCUGCUCCUGAAAACAUAGGAAUCCAUAUUGCCUUCGCAUUCUUCAAUUCAUUACAGGGUUUCUUCAUUCUUGUGUUCGGAACACUGUGGGACAGUAAGGUGCGAUCAGCAAUGGCAGUACCGUCACUGACAUCAAACAGUAGAACAAGAAGCACAUCUGCUGGGACCUCCUCCAGUGGACUAACCAACUUUUUCCAAAGAUUUAAAAGAGGGAGUAGAAGAGGGUACAAUGUGUCUUCCAACAGUUCAUCCAACACUUAGUACGUAAAAAAAGUCUGUCUGCUAAUAUAAAAAAGUCUACUGCUAAUAUAUCUUUUUAUUUCUACUUCUGCCUUUUUAUGUUAUGAUAGUAUGAAUUUAAAGCUUCCAGCUUAAUUCUCUUUUUGCAAAAUGAAGGAUUCAGUAAUUCUAUUGUGUUGGAAAAGCAGUAUUUUUUAAAGAUUGUUUGAGGCAUCCAAAUUCAGAAAAGCUAUGUAUUUUGAUCUUACACAGCCUUUGUUUUUGAUAAAUUCACAUGAAUGUAAUACUUGUAAUACCUGUUUUUUCUUUCUUUUUUCUUUUUUUAAUCAAACUGUUUUGUAUAUCCCUUAAACAAAUUAAUAUACAUAUUUGAUUAUAUGUUUACCAGUUAAUUGAAAUGUUAAUUGUUUAAACUGAAACUACAGAUUCUUCAGUUCCAGUCAGUCCCUUUCAAAAAGUGAAGGUUUAUGCUCUAAAAAAGGGAAAUGCAAUUAUUGAACAGCUGUGAUUUUGUGUGAUUUAUAAGUUCUUACUAGCUGGUAUGCUAUGCACAAUGCUAAGGAAGAUUUUAUUUUUUAUUUGGAAGUGUUAGAAUUCUUUUUUGGUAUAUUCUAAAUGUUAAAUGAUCACAACUUGAUGCGAAAAUUGUAUGUGCAUGUGAACUGUUUAUGAUUUUUUUGGUUAAUUUUCUCAAAGUUUGAUUUAGGAAAUGAUCUAAGAAUUUCUGUGUGGCGCACUUGAAGGUCCCAUUGAAAAUUCAGCUUCAAAUAGGAAAACUUGCUUCUUUAUUUUGAUAAAUCAAAUUUCUAAAUUUUCCUAUUUGAAGUUUAGCUUCAAAUAGGAAAACUUGCUCAUUUAUUUUGAUAAAACUAACAUGAGUUCACAGUUUAGAUUUUCUCAGCAAAUAUGUUAAGUUUGUUAAGUUUAGUUAAUUCAUAUACCAUGUAUUGUAAUGUGAACAAUCAACAUUAAUUGCAGGCUUUGAAUUUUGGAAUAAAAGUCUGCUGCUGUCUUUGAGAGAGACACUCUUUUAAUUAUUUGUGUGAACUUUUUCAUGACACUGUUAAAUCUUGGGCAAAUGUUUAAAGGCCUGUGUGUGGUAUGGUAAUUGCAUUUUUUGUUUGAAAAACAAAAUACAUUUUCUUCUCAGCUGUAGAAAACAAAACCUGUUCACUAAGAAAUGAAAAGAACACAGGUGUAAAGAAAUGGAAUUACAUUUUUGCAUAAGAUCUGUGACUUUGCCUUGACUUACAUCUGGA